UCAUCGUCAACAUCACAUCAUCAUCAACAAUAUCAACAAUGUCCACAUUCAGAUGAUCAUCAUAUUCUAUUACCAUGUACAUGUAAUGCAAGUAAAAAAGAAAUUCUAUGCCGUGGUGGUGGUUCAUCAAUUUCUGGUUCAGCUACGGAACAAUUACGAAACACAUUCGUUUAUUAUGCAAAAUGGAUACCAGAAGAUAUGCAACGUUUUGAUUCCAUUUAUAUUAAUUUAAGAAAUUUAACAAUAUUAGAAGACCGAUUGUUUAAUGGAAUUAAAUUUUCAAAUAUUUUAUUAAGUGGUAAUGAAUUAAAAUUUAUCGAUCGCAAUGCAUUCAUUGGUACCGAAUACACUGUAUACACUGUGUUCAUUUAUGGCACAAAUCUUAGCUCUGAACUGAAUGGAAAAUUUGAUUUUUUUGCAUCAAUUCGUUCAUUAAUUAAUCUACAGAAAUUGAUUAUUUAUCAGAAUAAUUUGACCAUGAUUCCAGAAAGAGCUUUUACCACGACAUUGGUGGAUAAUAAAAUGAUGAUGAUGAUGAUGAUGAUUCACAUUCAUCAUCAUUGAAUAACACUGAUGGUAUUGAACAAACAUCCACAUCAUCAUCAUCAUCAUCAUCAGCAGCAGCAGCAGCAGCAGCAUUGUCAUCGAAUGAAACUGAAUCACAAUUGACAGAAAUACAAAUCACAACUGGUAAUAUACAAUCAAUCGGUUCGGACGCAUUUGCCGAUCUAUUGCAUUUAGAACAAUUAUCAUUGAGUAAAAAUCACAUCAAUUUCAUUCAUGCAUAUGCAUUUCGUAUGAAUAAACCAUCCAAUCUGACAUUGAUGAUUGAUUUAACCGAUAAUGAUCUGAAUUCAAGUAGUUUUGAACCAGAAUCAUUUCUUGGUGC